CCGGUAUACAUACUCGGUUUAUGUAAUGGUCCAGGAAAAUGAUUGUCCAGUAUUUUUCUCAUUUCACUGCACUGUAGUACGACACACAAUACAUUUACCUACAUCGUGCCUACACUGUUGCCUGUAAUUUCGAAGUAAUGAUUUGUAAACUCUAAAAAAAUGACACUCCUGAUCUCGUUCGCCUUGAUAGCUGCCGGUUUACCUGACUUGUAUUUAUGUUGGGAGACUGACUGGGAAACCGACUGCUACUCGCCAACCCGACCACAAGCCGUUCAAAACCAUUCAUUUUCAGCUGUUAGCUUUCCCCUUCGCACUGACAAGCUAACGGUGAAGGAAUGUCUACGCUACGCUGAAAUGGGACGACUAAACAGUUCUUAUGCACCCCUCCGACAAACGUGUUCUCCUUUUAUCGACGCUGAUGAAUGUGAAGAUACUGAGGAUCCGUCAUACUUCAGCUUGUUUAAAAAAACCUACCUCAGUAUAGGAUGCGGAUGGGAAGAAGCCACUAUUCUGGGCGAAAGCAACCGAAACGUCAGAGUCAUCAGUCCCAAUCGCGCUGUGCUUGUUACGCUCAAGUCAGGACGGCAUGACGGAAGCAAUGUGGUGCACUGUGACGUUGUGAACCCGAUUCGCCAUCAGAUCCUCGAUCUGAAAAUUAGUGGAUGUGAUAACAACAAUAUCACGGCCAAGGUAUACGAUAUGGGUAUUUUUCCGAAUUUAUUGUGUUUCGGUGUCACAAGAUGUGCCGCAGUUAAUAUGCGCAAGCAUGACUUUUCGCGCAUGCCCCAACUCCGAAUAAUUUAUUACAAGGAAGUUAUUAUCGAAGACAUGGAGCCGUACACUUUCACCGAUAUAGCACAACUGUAGAUCUUGGCACUGGAAGCUGAUGUUUUCUACGAGUUGUCACUUUUCGGGUAUGAUUUAAGCGACGAAAACGUGGAGACUCAGAGUGUGCGCCGGCUAUAUUGCGACUGCUCCGUUGCCUGGUUUCGUAAUUUUCUCAAGGAAAAGCCAUUUCUUAUUGCCGACAAGGUAAAAGGGGAAGUAUUUCGUUUAGGAGACUACUUCUCGUCCCAGGUGCCCCCAGCGCGUUCAAUAUAUGUGCGGGAGCCGCUGAGCGUUGAUUGUGCUAAACCGCUGAAUCGCAAUAAUCUGCAUAAUGGUGCACAAUUUUUUUAUAACUCGUCGUGUUACCACUUGACUUGCUGAACACUUCAGUAAUCGGACAAUUGGUGACCCCAAAAUCGGAGUCCUUAAGACACAGCUGCCGCCAUUCACUUGCAUUGCAUAAAAUUAUUGACAAAUAAUAGCUGCUGUGUUGACACAGUACCCUUGCACAUUUGAACGCCCUUAUAUGUUUUCUCAGUUAAUACCUAAGAUUUCUGUUUUCGUUUCGUGAUUUAUUCGUGGAUCCUGUUGUAUUCGUGGAGGUUUUUUCAGCCUAUGCACGCGUUAGCUCUAGUUUAGUCUGCCAGAAAGUUGAUCCGGCUGCCAUUGUUCUGCACUUUAUUUCUUCUCGACAGAUGAUAUUAAAAUCAGAUAUUUUAUCUUCGUUUUACAGACGCUACAAUGAAGCUAGUCUUACCGCUUCAGCUAUGAUGAUAACCGGCAAAUUUCGGAUGUUUA